AUGCUGUCCUGGUUUCGUCUGGAGCUCAUGCUAGGGAUUCAUGGAGCAGAGCAAUGCGAGAUUAUCUUGUGUCGUGGCGAACUUCCACUUGACGCCAUCCUCUCCAUUUCCUACUGUUCCCUUCAUGAUGCAAUAAAUGACGAGCAGGAACAACGUACAGGCUGGAUAUGUUGCGUACUUGUUACCCUGUUCUACUCCUAUCCUGAUCUUGUACCAGUCCGUAUGAUGUCGCCUUCAUCAAUCCUGCGCACUCAAAGUUAUGCAGUAUAUGUUGUGAUAAUCAUCUCAG